CCGGUAACUAGGUAACCCACCUGAUUAAUCAAUCAAAAAUUUUAUUUGAAAUUAUUUUAGAAGAUAUUUGUUAUUCCUAAAUUAUGGUGAAAGCGAAAGAUUUUUUUUAGUUUCUUGUUUUAAUCUGCUAGGUAGCUCAUGGAAAUUCGAGAUUGAUAUUCGUACAAUUUUAAAUAAUAUUCCUAUAACUUUAAAUUAUGUAAGUUAUUUAAAACUGGUACUUAGUUUAUUUAUAUGUCGAUUUUUUACAAUUUAUCAAUGGGUAAGAGUAACAAAACUCGAUGGAAGGCCAUUAUACGUAUACACGGUUACUAUUGUUAGGUAACACACAUUACAAGUGACGUAAAAAUACUUCAACUAUCCACUAUGUCGACUAGCCGAUUAUUAUCUCCCCUACAUCUUUGCGGGAAGAGUGCGUCACUCCAUAGGCACAAGUCAGCUGUGUCGGUAAGCGUCAGGUCUCUUCUGUGCUCCGAAAAUCAAAAAUCGCAUCGCAUGAUGGCUUCUUAUCAACCCUCUUUGAGUAUAGAUAACAUAAAUCCAAAUGUUAAAGUUAUGGAAUAUGCUGUUAGAGGCCCUCUAGUUAUAAGAGCAGGAGAAAUCGAAAAGGAGCUAGAAAAGGGUGUGAAAAAACCAUUCAAAGAGGUGAUUAAAGCCAACAUUGGAGAUUGUCAUGCCAUGGGACAGCAGCCAAUCACUAUAAUUCGACAAGUAUUAGCAUUAGUGUCAUAUCCGAAACUUCUAGACGAUCCUCGCUUCCCUGAAGAUGCAAAAGAAAGGGCGAGAACACUUUUAAAGGGUUGCAGAGGAGGUUCUAUGGGUUCUUACACUGAUUCGCCUGGUAUUGAAGUUAUUAGAAGACACGUAGCUGAGUAUAUCGAAAGGAGGGACGGCAUUCCGGCUGAUUGGCAGAAUAUUGUUAUUGGUGGAGGUGCAAGUGAUGCAAUCAAAAAUGUCCUUAAAAUUCUCAUUUGUCCAAUCGACGGUAAGAAGCCUGGAGUAAUGAUUCCAAUUCCUCAGUACCCUCUCUAUUCUGCUACUUUAGCCGAAUUUAACAUGGCUCAAAUUGGUUACUAUUUAGAUGAAGCUAAUAAUUGGGGACUUAGUGUGGAUGAAUUACAAAGAUCUAUCACUGAAGCAAGGAAAACAUGUGCGGUCAGAGCCAUUGUAGUUAUAAAUCCAGGAAAUCCCACUGGUCAAGUACUUACCAAACAAAAUAUACAAGAAAUUGUUAAAUUCGCUCACAAAGAAAAGCUGUUCAUCUUAGCUGACGAAGUAUACCAACACAACAUCUAUGAUCCAAACUCCGAAUUUCACUCAUUCAAAAAGGUGAUGCACGAAAUGGGUGAACCCUACAGCCAAAUGGAACUAGCCAGUUUUAUGUCGGCUUCAAAAGGUUAUAUGGGCGAAUGCGGUCUUCGUGGCGGUUAUGCCGAAGUUCUUAACAUGCAUCCAGAUGUCAGAGCACAGUACCUUAAAGCCAUCACUGCCAUGUUGUGUUCCACAACUUUAGGUCAAGCUUGUUUGGACGUUAUUAUGAAUCCCCCACAAGAGGGAGAACCUAGCUACGAGUUGUAUUUAAAAGAAAAAACAUCAGUAUUGGAAUCACUUAAGGUAAGAGCAAAAAUGGUAGCCGAUACGUUCAAUUCCAUGGAAGGUUUUAGUUGUAAUACUGUACAAGGAGCCAUGUACGCUUUCCCUCAAUUUAAAUUACCCCCCAAGGCUAUUGAAGCAGCUAAAGCCAAAAAUCAAGCUCCCGAUGCGUUUUAUGCUUUCGAACUCUUGGAAUCAACCGGAAUCUGUGUGGUACCCGGAUCAGGAUUCGGACAAAGGCCUGGAACACACCAUUUCAGAACAACAAUUCUUCCUCAAACGGACAAACUAAAGGACAUGUUGGAUAAAUUUGCCGAAUUUCAUGCUCAAUUUUUGAAGAAAUAUAGUUAAACUGUAAUCAAAUUUGAGUAUGUUAAUAACUGUGAUCAAUAUAUUUUUGUCUUAUAGUGGCAUUUGGCAAAUGAUUUUAGACAUUGAGCCCAUUCGUUUUAGUACCAAAAUAGUUUCUUAAUAGCGAAAUGCAGUUAGGCCAUUCUUACGGCAAGUGGCAGUGACAUUUGACAAGCAAUGUAUGUUUGAUAAAUGACAAGUGCACCUUGCAGUGAUAAUAACCACUGUACGCUUGUCAAAUUUCUUAUUUUUAAAUUAUUUUAAUGUGUUCAAUCGUAAUGAGUUAUUUAAUCUAUUGAUUUUUAUCUUAAAUUUUAUUGUGUACUAUAAAUUAUUGUUUACAAUAUUCUUAAGAUAAGACAAUUUUUAAAGUAUUCAAUAUAAUAUAUAUGUAGAAAAUUUGUUCAUUGUUGAAUAUAUACAUAUGC